AAAAUGCACGGCCCGCCACUGGUUUUGUUGCACCAUUAGCCAGAAUAAUUAAAAACACCUGUGACCAUUUUGACUUCCUAUCAAUGUAGUCAAUAACACAUUUCUGUGUAAAAGGAGCUUCCAUACUUUGCCAGUGUAUGUCUAAAACUAUCAUUGUUUAAGACCUCGGUUUUCACCGCGCGCAACAUACUUUUCCCUCAUCUCUUUGACACGGCUAUCACCCGUCGGCACGUGCUGUGAAAAAACCGAGCGCACCUCUCUCACGCAACUACGCGGAGGAACAGGAAAUCAGGAAACAGAAAACAAUCUCUAGGGAAGUAGGGAUAAAAGUUCGAGUACAGUUUUUGAAAGAUGAGCCGAAUUUAUCACAACACGUCUUUACAGAACAAACCGGUACAUAAUGAGACAUUUGAGCGCGCGUGGUCCCUCUCUACGUACGAUAGUGGCCAGGGGGUUCUUCUAGAAGGAAAGCUGCUGGAUGUUUCCAGACAUGCGAUCAGUGAUGACAGCAAUCAAAAGGUCCGUUUCUAUGUCCUGUACAUCAAACCCAGCCGCAUCCACCAGAGGAAGUUCGACGUCAGCGGGAAUGAUAUUGAGCCCAACUUCAGCGACACCAAAAAGGUCAACACCGGCUUCCUCAUGUCCUCCUACAAGGUGGAAGCUAAAAGGGAGUCCGACCGUCUGUCUGAGGAGCAGCUGUCACUGAUGGUGAACAAGGCUGAGCUGCUGAAGAUUACCGACAAGCACCGACCCAGUGGGACUUGGGCCUUCUGGUACCCUGAGUCCCAGAUGGACCAAACAGAGCUGGAGAUGGGGCAGGAUGUACGGCUGAAGACCAGAGGAAACGGUCCUUUCAUAUUCUCCUUAGCCAAAGUGGACGGCGGCACGGUGACCAAGUGUAACUUUGCUGGAGAUGAAAAGGCCGGAGCAUCGUGGACGGACAAGGUUCUGGCCAACAAAGCAGACGCAGUCAGCACUCAGAGGCCCGGAGGGGAAGGAGAGGGAGCAGGAGAAGAUGAGUGGGUGAGGACCCACGCUUAUCUACAGGGGGCUAAAUGAAACCUACCUCACUCAAUACACCUGAUUGGGAAUUUGAAAAUACAUUUACUCCUAUGGACCCUGUGGUAAAGGGAACGCUACCUCUUUGACACUUGAAUGGAUGAAACAAUGAUUUGACCAAACAUAAAGCUGGCAGCAGAGUCCCUCUGUUUCUGCAUGUGUUGUUCCCAGUGUACACAAAGUAGGCCAUGUCUUUGACCCACACUUUGUUUCUCUCUCUCUCAGGACGACUGAGAGAAGCGUCUCUCUACCCAUCAGCCCCGACCUCUUGGCCCCGAUCCAGUCUCCUGGUCUGACUGCUUCAGCUAGGAUCCAUUACCCGUCUUCAGAUUGGACCCCGCCAUUUCGACCGGGGUUCCUAAUCUCUUCCAUGUGUGUGGCCUCUGGGCUGGAAACCUGGCGUCACUGGACUCCCCCAGCUCGUCACCAAGUUUGGAACUUCACCCUUAUGUACUUUGGAUUCUUUUCUUGGUUGAUUCCUCUACUCUUGCCUGUUUGUGUCCAAGUUAAAUCCAGAGUGCAUACAUGGGAUUUUCUGCUCAUCUUGCUAUUAAUUAGCUUAUAUACUGGUUUAGUUGUGUUACAACUGAACAGUGGUGAAAAGUGACUUUGUAUAUUUUCUUAAGUAUAAUUUUAUUUUCCAUUUUCUGCUACUUUAUACUUCUACUCUACUAAAUACUGUAUCAGAGAUAAUAAAAAAUCAAUCCAGUGGAUAGUUAUGUUUUCUCUCACUCACACUCACACACACACACACACACACACACACACACACACACACACACACACAAAGAAAUGUAAUUGUAAUUAGAUCCAAUCAUAGGUAUGGCUGUAUUGUCAUGAUCAUGAAGUCAGUAAAUAUGACCUGUAUUAUUGUUGUACUGGAUUAAAAGACUCAUAUUAAACACAAUGUCGAUGUUUCAUUUUUUUUAAAUAACACGUUUUAGCAACAUACAAGAAUGAUUUGGUUCCUUGAUUAUAACAUAUGUGAUACACAUAUAGACAUGUUCCUAUGACAAAUAGAGGGAGUUCUGUCCUUUGGCUCAGAUUUGUGCAAAAUGCUGGUGAAUUUGAUGAUUUUGAUAGACAACAGCAACAAGAAAACAAGUGAUUUUGAAAAGUGCAUAUGUUAGAAUUUUUUAACAUUUUCAAACAUCCAACUCUACAUUCAAAUUGAUGUUAGAUCUGCAUCAUGUGCAAAAAUGACAGUGGCGUAAAAAUCUGGUCACUCUGACUGUCAAAGUAAUAAUAUACUGUAUAAUAUACUGUAUAAAUAAUG